CUCCAAACUGCCACAGGAAAAAAAAGUGAACGCAGGAAGAUGGGAUUUCAAGUUUCAAUCUGUAAAGCAGAUCAGCAUUUCUAAUGAGCAACCAGAGAAGGCUUUGCACCCUAAAAAGGAAUCUUUAAACCAUUCACCUUUUUAACCAUCAUCAUCAAAUAUACAUAUUUGUAUAUAUUAUGAGAAGCUGACAGGAAGAAGAGGACUGGAAAGAACCGAGCAAAAUCAAAAACUUUGGCUGAGAUGGAAUGUGCUGAGAUUUUUUCCUGUUGGAUUUUUGGGGAGUCAAAACAUUCUUUAAAGAAACAAAGUAUGAACUGUUUUGGCUUUAGGUAGGAGAUGCUUCUCGCAUGGUGAAAGUUGACUGAAGUCUUCUGGGUAUUUCUUCAAACAUUUCCUUAAGUUCUCAACCACUUGGGAUUUAAUUUUAAAGAAUUAACAAAAAAGUAAAGACAAUCAUCAUCAUGAGUCUUGGAAAACUCCCUGUGCUAAAGGGUUUCGUCUCUAACUCCCACAAUAAAAGACGCUACAAAAGUGACUUGACUGUGGACAUGAUCAGCCCCCCGCUGGGCGACUUUCGCCACACUAUGCAUGUGGGCCGUGGUGGGGAUGUUUUUGGAGACACUUCUUUCCUGAGCAACCAUGGAGGAGGAGGAGGAGGAGGAGGGACUGACGCAGAUGCCAACAAGUCUGGUGGCUUAUUCUCCCGCACUCUACGCCAUGUCCGUAAAACCCCAGCAUCACGUGUAAGAGGUGGCUCCCGAGAGCUGUCACCACCUCCACCGGCGAUCUCGCCCAUCAUCAAAAACGCUAUCUCAUUGCCUCAGCUUGUUGAUGACACACCUAAUGGUGGCCUUCAGAGAGAACUAUUUAAAAGCUUGUCUACCAGCGAGCGGGAACCCAGCUUUUCUUAUGGAUUUGAGUCAGGAUUCUGUACCUUACCCCGUCUUUCACGUUCUGAGAAACACUCUUCAGGUUUUCAGGAUUCAGAUGUUCGUUCCCAUACUCCACCAGCUGACUUAUGUCACAGCAGUGAACUUCAGCACUCUGACUCCCUGACAUCAUUCACUUUAGAUUUAGGCCCCUCUUUAAUGAGUGAGGUCAUGGAACUCAUAGAAAGAUCAGAGAAGAUUCUUGGACAGGAUGCAGGUGAAGACCACUUGAGCACCUCCUUCAGGGAUACCUCGAUUUCAGAAGUGGUCGAAUCCCCUUCUUGGAAGAAACCCUGGCAGUCCCCAUCACACUUGGAAUACUCCAUGUCAAAGGGAAAGCAUGUGAAUGGAGAUGAGAGUCUCGUACACAGAGCUCAGGAUUCCGAGGAACAACUGCCAGGGGGUACAGUCUCUUAUCAGCACUUCAUCCAGGAGGAAAAAAGUCUGAUUACCAGCACGCCGCGAAGAAAAGACUCUGGAAUGGACUCUGGACGAUUUAAGAGGGCUGCCAAUGUCCUAGAACGCCAUUAUGGUGGAUCUAAAUUCCUGCCUGAUGACAGACAAGACUAUGCAAUUACUGGGGGCCACGAGGAGGACUCUGAAGUGGAAUAUUUGGAAAAGAGUGAAGAUCGGGUGGAAGUAGCUUCCCCUAGGAGGGCACCUUUUGCUUAUCCAGAGGAGGAAGAUGAAAUAAAAGUUUAAAGGGUCAGGAAAUUCUGCUCCUUAAAGAUUGUUCUCAAUCGCGCCUUCCAGGGAAGUGAAACAUCAGGAAUAAUCAAUCAGAUCUGCCUUUCUGGAAUCAGGAAUAAUAAUUAUAAUAAUAAUAAUAAUCACUUGUACUCCUCACCUACUCGUAAAAACCACUAAACUCUAAUACUGAGUGCAUUAAGAACAUUUUUUAGAGCAACCUUAUCUUGAUUUUUACCAUCUUUCAGCUUCUAUGCUGGUAGUAUCAGGAAUAAAAAAUCAUUUUCAGAUUGUUACUGCAGUAGGAAUAAUUAGCCCUCAGUUAUCAGUGUUUCUCAACACUUUUCCGAUUCUACCCAUAUUUUAAUAAUGAAUCAUUUAAAAUGCCUUUACAUAAUGACUAUUAAUUUAAAAACAUUUAAUGUUUCACAAAUAAUAACCACUCACAUUGAAAUGAAUUGCAUCUGGAGAAUACAAAGCACAAAAAACUGACUUUUUUUAACUCAUUAUUAACAAAUGUCCUCCUUUCAUACCUUUCUAAGCUCCCUGCACGUUCGGAAAAGUACUACAAAAUCUCAGAUUCCCUCAGCAUAAGGACUAAUGAUCAACGUGACCUCGCAAUCUCUUUUGUUGCUUUGGGGACAGGAACCACUUCUCUCUGUAUCUCAGCAGACGAUCACUGCUCUGAAUUAACAAUUACAAGUUGCCAAUUUUGCAUUACAUGGGGAACAAAGAUAAGCAUCUGAUUUUUGUACAUUUGCUUUUUAUGGCUGAACUCUGACACUAUGUAAAAUGUUCAUUUUUAUUUUACAAAACACUACGUGUAAUUUCAAACUAAUGUAAUAUUUUUAUUUUUAAUUUUGAAGAUGUGUAAGUUGGAAAUAUAAAGACACAUAUUCUGUAUAAAUAUAAAAAAUAGGUAUAUAAAUAAUGUUUAUAAGUACUCUGUACAUGAGACAGCAUUGACCCAGUGAAACGUUAUAUACCUAACAUGUCCUAGAAUAGAAAGCAUACUUUGUAUUGGUAAAAUAUAAAUUAGCAAUUAAUUAAAUUAAAGAUGAAGUAUCCAGCUAUAAAACAUCAGUAAGCAAAUAAAAAUAUCACAAUAUUUAUUUAAGAAAGUACACCAAAGACCAAGGUAACAGGUACAGUAUAUGUGUGUGUCUAUAUAUGUACAGUAUACACACAUCAUUUGUGUGUGUGUAUAUAUAUAUAUAUAUAUGGUAUGUGAUAACACUGCUUUCUCACUGUAAGAAGACCGGAGUUUAUGCCCCAGGUCCUCCCUGCGUCAACAUGCAGGUUAGGUAAAUUGCCUUUCCUAAAUUGGACCAUGGGUGUGUAUGUGUGCUAACCUUGUGAAGGACUGGCACUCUGUCUGUGGUUUAUUCCUGUCUUGUGUCCUAUGCCAGUUGGGAUAGGUUCCAGCACACUCUGCGACCCUAGUCUGGAUUCUGAAGGUUAGUACAUGACAUUUUAUAUACAGUAUAUAUAUAUAUAUAUAUAUAUUUAUUUAUAUAUAUAUACAUGCAUGAUAUAUACAUAGUGAUAUAUUACAUACAGAAUGAUAUAUAUAGUGACAAACAGCCAUGAAACAGACAAAGCAAUGCAAAACUUUGAGGUACUACCCACAUAACCCUGUUUACUUUAAACUCAUAAAGAUAAAAUGACAAUAGAAGCAACAAAAAUAAAUAACACAGCUUCAAAGGAACUGAAAUGAUAGCAACAUAAAUCUGCUUGUAAAACACGUAAUCAAGCAUCAGAGCUCCUCUUUUCUCUCUGGUAAUCUCAAGAAGAUGCCACUCUCUCAGUGUUCUGCUUUUUACAUCCCCAGUGGCAUAAGGGGCAAGACUUACUUCUCACCUUUCUGUUUGGCAAGGUUGUCCUCACUGAGUGUGCACCACACUUUAAUCCAUAAAUGUACAAUUGGCUCUAUGUCUAUAAAUAAAAAACUAAAUCUGAAGCAAUUACUACCACUAUUGAAAAUAUAUAUAUAUAUAUAUUAACCAGUAGGUGGUACCCCUGAGCCCUAAACCUGAGACACAAUCACACCCAAGUCAGUCACAGGUUCCAAUAUAGUCCAUUUUUUUUAAUAAAUGUUAUCUUCACACACAGAUUAAGAUAACCAAAUUAUAAAGAGCCUAGUAAACAAUCCUCUUCCUUCACACUCCUCUUUUCAAACCUCAUCUUUCAUCUCCCGACUCUUACCUGGUCAAGAUGAUGCACUUCCUUUUAUCCUUGACUCGAUGAGUACUUCCAGGGCUUGGACGUGGUCCGGGUCAGACAGGAAUCCAACAAGGUAGAGAGCAUAGCCCCCCUGCAGUGCCCCCUGGUGGCACCCACAGAACAAAACAGAGCUGUAUUCCAAAACUCCAAUUCCCAAAGUACAUAGUUAGGCAAAUAUAACAUAACUUAACAUGCUUUGACCUGCUUAAUCAAAUUCAGGGUCAUAUGUGCACUAGGUGCAAGGCAGGACAUACGGUAGACCUGGGUAGAGUGCCUGUGACACACAUCCAUGGGUCCAUUUUGAAAGUGCAGCUGGACCAAAGCAUGACAGUGCUGCUCUACUUCAUAAAGACGUAUCCAUACCAAUGAAGAAGUCCAAAUCAAUGUAUGUGAGCCUACUUAUUUAUGUCAAAAUGGACUUAUCACAUGCUGUAUUAAAUACAUAAGGUGAUAAAUGAAAAUCUACUGUGCAUCUAAAGCAAUAAGCUUAAACCAGUACAUUUAAUAGUACCAAUGUAGAAAUCUGAAUGGAUGUAUCAGAACAUAUAGAGUAUGCAGUGCCUCACUUGAAUCCUUAACAUAGUAAACAUUUAUACACUAUACACUAAAAAACUUGAUAAUUGAUAGAAAAACUGUAUUGACCUAAAAUGUUUCAACUCCAACAGAAACUGAAGAAGUAAUUUUAAAUUAACCGUUCUGAGAUCCAUUUAACAAUAAGAAUGAAUCAGUAAUAAAAUUGAAAAGGUUAUAUAUAGAAUAUAAUAUAAUGUCUCAGAACUGACACUAAUCGUCAGCAGCUUUUUAAUUCAGUUGCAUCCACAAGAAAUGUGUCUAAAAUAUUAUAAAAGCUACAUUUAGUGAACUGUCCACUUAUAAAUGUUAUAAACUCUUACAAAUUAGUGUUAAGCCAUAGUCUAUCCCAACAAUAGUGGGCACAAGGCAGGGGUCAUGGGGCAUCAGCCCAUGUACACAGGUCUCUGUAGACACAGCUUCUAAAUGGCUUCUGAAAGAUCUUAAUGAUCUGUCAUUAACUAAACUUCUUCAUUUUUGUUGCAUUGUUCUGUUUAUAUAAAUUACAGUAUAUGUUUUUGACCACAGCUCUACUUGAGCUGUGUAUGACUCUGUAUGUGUGUGCGUAUUUUUAAAGGAGACAGAUUAGGAUCUUACCUUGCAGCAAGCAGAGGUGGCUCUGUGUUAUCAAUCAACAUUUAGAUCUCUCUGGCUUCUGGUUACUCAAGAUCAUCUGCUUUCCAGUCUUUAGUGUGCCAGCCUGCGUAUUAUUCAGAAGAAUCCAACUCUAACCACUAGUUAUAAUUUUUUUUUACUUUAUUUUUAUACCACCUGCAAUAUAUAAAGCAAUUUAACACUUGAAAUGUACGUAUACACAAGUACCAAAGAUUCUCUUUUCAAGCAUUUGUAUACAAACAAAACAUGUACAUGAAAUAUUUUGUAAAACUUGUAUGUCCUAAUAGUUUUCUUGACGCUUUAUUAUACAGGCUCCUGGUAGCAGUAUUACACAGUAGACUGCCUUUGAAUAGCAGCUUUCACAAAAAAACUGACAGAGGCAGAUCUUUUUCUUAAUUUUACUUACUGAAAUAAGCUGUUUGCUGUAUCAUCAAAAAUGUAUUUUGUGCACUUAAUUAAAGUAAAACAUGUUUUUAAUAUUUUUGACUUUUGUAAUAGAUUUGUCUUCAAUGAUUUUUUACUUAUGAGAUUCGUUUAUCCACUUGAUUGAGUUCAGAGAUGGAAUUUCAGUCAGCUCUGUUAAAUAAGUAAGACAUCUCUGAUUUUAGACUGCCUUAAGAAAAAAUAAAUAAAUAAAUAAAUAAAUAAAAAC